AUGUCGAGUCUACUUCUCCGCAUGGGCCGUCCGGAUGAAGCGGAGGAGAUGCUCGCAAGAUGUCCCUCCCUGAAGGACUUCACUGAUGAGACCUUUCUCAGCACUGGAAAUCCUCGCUUCUCAGGGGACAUGGUCUUAUUGUCGCGUAUUCGUCUUGCUCAGGGGCGGACGAGCGAAGCCUUGCGGCUGGCAUCAAAAGCACUGGCCUUUCGUCGCGGAUUUAUUGGGCAACCGGCUCAAAACUUGCGACUCUCAGUACGAUGUAGCCUCAAUGCCGUACCGGGAUGGCCACGUUAG